UCCGUGACCGCGUUAUUAGAAGCUGUGGACCACAGUAAUAACACAAGUUCCGAUUUAUCCUUUCGGAUUAAAAUCUUCAGUAGUUUGAUCAGCAGUUCAGACGAACAUCGAUGCUUUUAUUCUGAGUUAAACUUAUCUUAUUUCCAGGAUAUAUUCUGCCAACUUGACAACCAGCUGCAUUUAUCUCUACGUGAGGCAGCCUGCAGCAACAACUUUUCCCAGACUGACACAGAAUGGAGAGAAGCUGACGCACCGAUAUUUACCGGACCGUUAACUUUCCUUCUCGAGCCUUUACUCAUGCCACGGCCUUCAUGCUUUACUUGACGAGGAAGAAACACCUGAAAGAUACUUUGUGAUAGUUUUAACUUUGAAGGAAUAAUAAUUCCUUCUUCUUGUUUUGUGUUUUCGGACUUUUGGACACUUUAACCGCGUUAUUACGCACGAUGCUCAAAGGGAUGGCCCCUCUACUGAGACGUAAAACGAGAGAACGUCAUGUUUUUUGUGUUUAUCUCUUUAUUUCAGUGGUUUAUUCUUACAAUAUAGACUUAGAACAUCCAGUGGUAUUCCGCGGACAGAAUUCUAGUUUUUUUGGCUACUCUGUUCUGGAGCAUUAUCAUGACAACACGCGCUGGGUAAUAGUUGGAGCACCCAGAGCAAACUCUUCCUACAGUAGCUCCGUGCACUCUCCUGGAGCUGUGUAUAAGUGCCGAGUUCACAGCAACCCAGAGCGACGCUGCACAGAGAUGGAUCUGGGAAGAGGAAACAAGCCGAGAGAGUCAUGUGGGAAGACGUGCCAAGGAGACAGGGAUGAUGAGUGGAUGGGGGUCAGUCUGGCCCGCCAGGACAGAACCAAUGGCAAAAUACUGGCUUGUGCUCAUCGCUGGAAAAAUGUCUACUACAACUCAGAACAUAUCCUUCCACACGGAUACUGCUCUAUCAUCCCUCCAACGCUUCAGGGCAGGACAAAACCGCUAAUUCCUUGUUAUGAAGACUAUAAGCAGAAGUAUGGGGAAGAGCAUGGCUCGUGCCAAGCUGGGAUAGCGGGAGUUUUUACGGAGGAGCUGGUGGUGAUGGGGGCGCCAGGGUCGUACUACUGGACUGGGACUAUUAAAGUGUACAACAUGACAUCUGACAUCUUCUACAGCCCAAACAAAGACAACAUUGACGCCCACAGAUACAGCUACCUUGGUUAUGCUGUGACUGCUGGACACUUCUCCUCUCCAAAUGUAAUAGACAUAGCUGCAGGGGCACCUCAGCACGAUGGCACUGGAAAAGUUUACAUUUUCAAAAUUGAUGGUGUGUCUUUGGUCAAGAGUUUUCAAGCCUCAGGGAAAAUGAUGGGCUCUUACUUUGGCUCCUCAUUGUGUGCAGUUGAUCUGAACCAGGACGGCCUGUCGGACCUGCUGGUGGGGGCACCCAUGCACAGCCAGCUCCGGGAUGAGGGCCAGGUGUCUGUGUACCUCAGCAAGGGAAAUGGUGUGAUGGAGGAGGAUGUUGUCUUGACUGGUGACAAUGCUUUCAAUGCACACUUUGGAGAGUGCAUCGCAGCAAUCGGUGAUAUAGAUGAUGAUGGUUAUCAAGACGUAGCUAUAGGAGCACCUAAAGAGGAUGACUAUGGCGGAGCUGUCUAUAUCUACCACGGAGAUGCCACAGGAGUUACCAGAAAAUACUCCAUGAAACUGUCUGGGCGCAGUGUAAACCCUGGUCUGCAGAUGUUUGGCCAGUCCAUCUCUGGCAAUGUGGACAUGGAUGGCAACGGAUAUGCAGAUGUCACUAUUGGAGCUUUCAUGGCAGACAGUGUGGUGCUGCUGAGGUCUAGGCCUGUCAUUACAGUGGAUGUUUCCAUCUUCCUACCCAUCUCCAUCAACAUCUCUGUGCCGCAGUGCCACGAGGGCCACCAGAACCUCAACUGCUUCAAUGUCACUGUGUGCAUGCGAUUCGGGGGAAGACAGCUGCCUGGACAAAUAGAGUUGCUGUAUAACUUAACUGCUGAUGUGGAUAAACGACAGAAGAGCCAGCCUUCAAGGGUCUACUUUGCUCACAGCGGAUCUCAGGUCAGCCAGAUGAGCCAACAGCUGAGCUUGGACAUCAACAAACAGGAGUGCCAGCGUUACACUGCCUACGUAAAAAAAGAUGUGAAAGAAGUGUUCACAGCUAUCACAUUCGAGGUGGCCUACAGCCUUGGAAAGCACGUGCUAACCGGACACCAGGACAGAGAUCUGCCAGCGCUUGCUCCAGUUCUGCGUUGGAGGAAAGGAAGCAAGAUUGCAGUGAGAAAUGAGACUUGGUUUGAGAAGAACUGCCUGUCAGACGACUGUGCUGCAGACCUGAGGCUUCAUGGGAAACUGCUGCUGUCUGGACUGCAUAGUAAACCUCAUUUGGCCCUUGGAGGAGUGAAAAACGUAUCUUUGAACGUUACCAUCUCAAAUGCUGGAGACGAUGCCUAUGACACCAACAUCUACUUCAACUUCUCCAGGGAAGUUUUCUACAUCAACUUCUGGCAGAAGGAAGAGAAGGGCAUUUCCUGUGGACUUGUUGAUUUGGACUUCCUCAGGUGCAGAGUGGGAUUUCCCUUCAUGAGAGCACAGACUAAGUAUCAUUUUGCAGUGAUUUUUGACACAAGUCAGCUCUCCGGGGAAAAUGACACAUUGCAGUUUUUAGUUCAAGCAAAAAGUGCAAAUCCAGAGCACAAACUCUCUGACAACUAUUUAGAUAUAUCCAUCCCACUGAUCCAUGAGACUGACACAACUAUUACUGGUGUGGUAACACCGAGCUCCUUUGUGUAUGGAAACUCCAUCGAUGCAUCGCGCUUUGUCAAGUAUGAGGACAUGGAGUGCGACUUCCAGCCUCUUAAUCUGACUUUUCAGGCCAUAAACAAGGGGCCCAGCAGGCUACCUGGCUCUACUGUGGACAUCAGGAUACCCAACCGACUGGCUGGCAGCGGAGCUGACAUGUUCCACAUCACUGAAACCCAGGUGGCAGACGGUCGAGGGAACUGCACCCCUCACAGGAACCCAACACCGUGCACCAUACCCCAGGACAAAGAGAGCAUCUUCCACUCCAUGUUUGCCUUCUUUACCAAAUCAGGGCGCAAAGUCUUGGACUGUGACCGGCCUGGAAGAGCGUGUAUGACAAUCUCCUGCAGUCUGGGUCCACAGUUAAAAGAGGAAGCUUUGAGCAUAGAUAUAAAACUUCUUCUUAACACUGAGAUUCUGAAAAGGGAUAGUUCAUCUGUCAUCCAGUUUGUGACAAGAGGCAGCGUCCAAGUAAAUGAAAGGGCAGUGGAGGUGCCACAUGGCCUGCCAGAUGAAAUUUCUCUGGUGUUUGAGGCUCUUCACAAUCAGGAGCCACGGGGUUACAUUGUUGGCUGGAUCAUUGCUAUCAGUCUGCUGGUGGGAAUCCUCAUCUUUCUGCUGUUAGCUGUACUACUCUGGAAGAUGGGAUUCUUCCGCCGGCGCUACAGAGAGAUCAUCGAAGCUGAGAAGAACAGGAAGGACAGUGAUGAAAGCUGGGACUGGAUGGAUAAGAACCACUGAGACAUUUGAUGGGGGUCCCAGAGGAGCCAGUGAGAUUAAGGAUUGGGUCAAGAUGGAUCCAAUAGCACGGGGUGUUGCAGUCCGCCCGCCCCGGUGGCACCAGGUCCUUCAAGUCUUCCAUAUGUGGAAGAGAAGAGUAUUCUCCAUAUUUUUUGGAGACUUUGUAUCUUUUUUUUUUUUUUUUUUUUUUGUGGGUGGGGGUGGGGGUCUAGGAAACAGGCUUCUGAGGUGACAGUGUGGCUUGCCAAAGGACACUUGCUGUGGAAAACAGCAAAUCUCAUAGGAGGUAACUCCCAGACAGUGGAUCGGAGUUGUAGAUGGAAACCCACAUCUGUAGGGGGAUGUGGAGAUGGCAUGAGCACUGGUGGACAACAAAACCCUCAGGGCUGUGUUACAUAGCAAAUUUAUUUUUAUACCUUCACUUCAAGCCAUAUUGUAUAAAACUGAGCUUUGAGAAGAGUUGAGCUUUUUGAAGGCCAUUAUAAACAUACUGUAUCUACAGUUUGUUUUCAUAAAAGCACUGAUUUUUGAUAAGAAUGAAUGCUUUGGCUCCAUAGCUUUACAUUUUGUGCCAUAUGAGAGGAGUUGUUAUAUUCAGCUCAUCCCAUGAUUGGGAGUGAAAGAUUGUAUCUUUUCUGUACUUUUACAGCUGUUUUUUUACAUAUGUUUGUCCAUCCCUGUCCAAAUAAUCAGCCAAAGCUAAUUCUGUGCAUGAAAAUGCACUGUUCCCGUCGCCCACCAGUCUUGUGUCAGAAGCUCUGAAAGGCCUCUAUGAGAUCAUUAGGACUUUGCUUAGCAUGUGAUUAUCAACAGUACUGUAGAUUUCUAUUUUCAUACUUCAUUUGUCAUGUUUCCCCUAUGUUCCAUGUCUAAAACACAAAAGAUGGGUCAUAAAUUAUACUGCCACCAUUAAACUUUUACCUAUACCUAUAUACCUUUUUGACCUAUAAGUAGCAUUCCAUUUGUUCUGGUCUGGCUUUUCACUGAGUUGUUUGUAAGCGAUGAUAUGAGUAAGUUAAAAUAUAUGACCAAUUUACAUUUCAGCCUUUGCUCUUUGCAGUGUUUCAGAUUAAUGCAAUGCACAUUAGAGAAAAUUAUCUGAAGCUGCUUUUGAAAGGACCUAAAUGCUCAGGUAUGCAGCAGCUGGACCCUGCAAAAUUUCAAGGUUCAGAUAAACAUUUCUUUUUGUAAAUGACUUUUGAUUUUAGAUCUGUUAAAGACGUAUUUCCAAAAGCCUUUCCUGGCCUCAUCUUAAGCUGACCAUAUUUAAUUUUACAGAUGUAUUAUUAGACAUUGGGUUGUAAGUGUGAAACAUGAGAUGAAAGUUAGCAAAGGUAGCCUACCUACAGUCAUUGCCAGUGGCAUGAGUAAUGUCCUAAAAAUAGGUGGGAAUGUGUUGCAUUCAAUCACGACACACAAACAAAUUGUUAAGGGCACAUAGUAAAAGCCUGUUUUAAGUAAAAGCAGAGGAAUACCAGUGACCUAAAAAUUUCAAGAACUAAAAGCAUUCAAGUGCACACCUUUCUUUCCACAUUUUUUCCUUCCAUCUUUUUAAAUUCUAAUAUCCCUAAAGAAGUUGGAAUAUGAGAGAAUAUAAACAAUUAUAUAGACUUGAUAAGUUUAUCACAAAAUGAUAUGA